AUGAUUUCAAAACCUAUCAACGAAGAAGCCUCUGCCGAGCAUAUUGAACUGGACUCCACCAAGGCUGCGGAUCAAGAGAAUCAAGAUGAGAGUGCACGGAAACUGGAGAAAAGUCUCGUUCGCAAGCUAGACAUGACCCUCAUGCCUGUUAUCUGGAUUCUCUAUCUUUUGAAUUACUUGGACCGUAAUAAUAUAGCACAAGCGAAGUUGAACGGCCUCGAGAAAGACCUUGGACUAAAGAAUGAAGAGUACAAUACUGCGAUAUCUAUUUUGAAUGUCGGGUACAUCCUCAUGCAGCUGCCCAGCAACAUGCUAUUAACUCGUGUCAGGCCAUCACUAUACAUUCCUUUGUGGGUCUGUGUCUGGUCCUGCCUCUCAGCUGCCACAGCUGCCGUUCAUAACUACAGACAACUCGUGGCCAUCAGGUUUUGCCUUGGAUUUGCGGAGGCUCCGUUCUUCCCGGGUGCCUUUUAUCUAUUAUCGUGCUGGUAUCCGAAAAAGGAGAUUGCCCUAAGAACGGCAGUUCUUUACUCUGGUCUAGUGCUCGCCACUGCCUUCUCCGGGCUACUUGCAGCAGGGAUUUUUGCCGGACUGGAUGGAGCUCACGGUCUUCAGGGUUGGCGGUGGCUGUUCAUUAUCGAGGGAGCGGGGAGUUUUUUCAUUGCCGUUGCGACUGGUUUUCUCCUUCCAGACUUUCCUCUCAGCCUUACAGGUUCAGCUAAAUGGCUGUUGACUACUGAAGAGAGGGAAUUUGCCGUCAGGCGUAUUCAGAACGAUCAAGUCUCGAACGAAGAGGCUAAUAGAUCGGUGUGGUAUGGGGCGAAGAGUGCUCUCAAAGACUACCGAGUGUUUGUUUUUGCCCUGAUGCUCUGCGCCAACCAUACAGCGUAUGGAUUCAACAACUUCUACCCGUCUAUUGUGGAAGGUUUUAACCUCGGCAGCACGAUUGUCACCCUCGUCCUAACUGCACCUCCUUAUCUUGUGGGCGCUAUGGUAUCAUUUUUGGUUGCUUGGUCGAGCGACCGCAACAGGGAACGAGGCUUCCAUAUCAGCGUGUCUAUGAGUACUGCAAUAAUCGGGUUUAUUAUUAGCGCCUCACUGACUAGAUCGGGUGGACAAUAUUUUGCUUCAUUUCUCUAUGUGUCGGGCUGCUUCGCCGCCAACUCUUUGGUAUAUACUUGGGCAGCGUCCGCAUUGAGCCAGACGUCCGAAAAGAGGGCAGCUGCAACAGCCAUCAUCAAUCUUUUAGGUCAGCUUGGAAACAUAUGGAGCCCCUACUUUUUCCGAGGCCAAGAUGCACCCAGGUAUACUCUCGCGCUGAUCCUGAUGAUUGUAUUCGCUGGGUUGAGUAUUGGGACUUGCUUUGUCAUGAAGUGGAUCUUGACUCGGGAUAACAAAAGGUUGGUGGCCCAAUUUGCGAAUGCCGCUCAGAAGCCGACGUUGCACACUCUUUGA